AUGUCUUGGAGAAACCAGGGAAUCACGGGCUCGAACAAUAUCCCACUGGGCAAGACGCGCCGCUUCGGUGGCGACGCUGAGCCUGAGGAUGCGCAGCCCAGCUUCAACUCCGGUUCCAACUCUGCGCCGUCGCAGCCGUCGUACUCGGGCGGCUUCAAUGGCGGCGAUCGCGAUGCCAAGCGCGGUCGCAGUCCUGAGCCAAGAUCCGAGGCCGACGGCCCGAAACGACGCAAGAAGCGAAAUCGAUGGGGCGACGCCACGGACAACAAGGCCGCCGGCCUGAUGGGUCUUCCAACCGCAGUCAUGGCUAACAUGACAGCCGAGCAGCUCGAAGCCUACACGCUCCACCUCCGAAUUGAGGAGAUCACGCAGAAGCUCAAGAUCGACGAUGUGGUCCCCGCCGAUGGCGAUCGUUCGCCGUCGCCCGCGCCGCAGUAUGAUAACCAGGGUCGUCGUGUCAACACCAGGGAGUACAGAUACCGCAAGAAGCUGGAGGACGAGCGUCACAAGCUCAUCGAAAAGGCCAUCAAGACCAUUCCCAACUACCACCCGCCGUCCGACUACCGAAGGCCCACGAAGACGCAGGAAAAGGUCUACGUGCCGGUCAACGACUACCCGGAAAUCAACUUCAUUGGCUUACUUAUCGGCCCCCGUGGCAACACAUUGAAGAAGAUGGAGUCUGAAUCUGGUGCCAAGAUUGCGAUUCGUGGCAAAGGUUCAGUCAAGGAGGGCAAGGGCAGAUCUGACGCUGCCCAUACCAGUAACCAGGAAGAGGACCUUCACUGUCUCAUCAUGGCUGAUACCGAGGAGAAGGUCAAUAAGGCCAAGAAGUUGAUUCAUAACGUGAUUGAAACCGCGGCCUCCAUUCCUGAGGGUCAAAACGAGCUUAAGCGCAACCAACUUCGAGAGCUGGCUGCGCUGAACGGUACCCUCCGUGACGACGAAAAUCAGGCCUGCCAGAACUGUGGUCAAAUCGGCCACAGGAAAUGGGAAUGUCCCGAGAAGCAGAACUACACCACCAACAUCAUCUGCCGAGUCUGCGGCAAUGCUGGUCACAUGGCGAGGGAUUGUCCCGAUAGGCAGCGUGGUGCUAGUUGGCGCAACGACGGACCAGGAUUCCGAUCUGCUGGUCGCAUCGGCGCUGGGCCUACCAGUGGCGCCGAGGUCGUCGAUCAGGAGUAUGAGGCUCUCAUGCAGGAGAUUAACGGUGGUCCUGGCGGUGCAGCCCCUGCUCGUAUCGAAGCUGGACCAGGAGGUCCGCCGACUGGGCCCAGCGGCGGUGAUAACGCCAGGCCCUGGCAACGAGGCCCUACCGGUGGGGCCGCACCUUGGCGCCAGCGCAACAACGAUCGCGAAAACAACGACGAUGGACCUCGUGGUGGCGGUUUUGGCGGAGGCUUUGGAGGGGGAUCUGGUGGACCAGCACCUUGGGCCCGUGAUCGCCAAAGCAGGCAGCACGAUGACCGUGAUCGCCAGGAUGGAGACCAGCCCUGGCGCAACCGGGACCGCGGCGACAGAGAUCACCGAGACCGUGACCGUGAACGGGAUAGGGACCGCGAUCGCAGCUACAAUAGCCAUGGUGGCGACAACGGGUAUUCCGCUCCAUCGGCGUCUGCCCCAGCUCCAUGGAGCCAGCCCACCGGUGCACCUGGAUAUGGCGCAUACCCUGGGUACGGUGGCUAUGGCGGUCCUCCCGGCAUGGGCGCUCCUGGAAUGCCUGCACCACCUGGAUUGCCCGGAGGCCCUCCUGGACUCCCUGGCGCUCCAGGGCUGAACGCUCCGCCCGGCUUGCCUUCGGACUUUAACGUCAGUGCCUUGAUCGCACAGUACUCUGGCGGUGCUCCUCCGCCCCCUCCACCGUCUGGUGACGCUCCCCCGCCUCCCCCGAGUGACCAACCACCUCCGCCUCCUCCGCCUGGAGCCUAG